CCGCGAAGAGCGGGAACGGUUUAAGUACAUAUAGAUGCUCUGAACGAAAAGGUCUAUCUUAUUAGUAGUUUUCUUCUACGGAAAUCUGAUGGGCCGCUCAACGUCCAAAGUCGAAAUCCUGGGAAGAACAAAUCAAUCUGAAUCCGAUGAUUCUCUCCACGAACGCCAACGACGAGGCCGCAACGUUAAUCGCCGCUGCCAUGGCCAGCGUCCUCAUUCACCUCAACAUUCAAACCCUAGAAGACGAAGCCCUGUCAAAAUUACUGACAAAAUAGGCCGUUUGGACCGCCAAGAUAGCCUUCACCGCAGCCCCAGCUACGACAUGUAUGACAAACCUCGUCACGGUUGCCGUUCUGAUUCACCUGAAAACCAUAAGCCUAGAAGGAGAAGCUCUGUCCAUAAGCAGACCCUAAAGUCGCUGCCCAGAAACUCCGAAAACAGCGAUAGGAUAGGGAAUGGAAGUAGGGAUUCAGUAAGUGAGUCAGAAUCGGAUGAUCGGAAGCCUGAGCGUAGAAGUAGGAAAACAAAGCGAAGAAAUAGGAAAUCGUCCUCUUAUAGUAGUGAUGAGAGUGAAAGCGAAUCGGAGGGUGAGGAAGAUAGAAGGCGGAAGUGUAGAAGAAGAUGGAGUAGGCGAAAUAGGAAGAACAGUAAAGGAAGAGGAAGAUGGAAGAAGAGUAGGCAUAUUGAUUCUAAUGACAGCGAGAGUAGUGGAGUAAGCGAAGCUGAGGAAUCUACUAAGUCAAAGAAGCGAAAAAGCUCUUCACGGUUCAAGCAGAGUAAGAGAAGGAGGAAAGGAACUGAUGCCAAGGGAAAAGCCAAGGCUGAUGAAUUUAGCGCUCAAACUGAGGCUCUUAAGUUUAAAGAAUUGAUGGAGGCUCAGAAGAAAUUAGCUGGAUUGGAUAAUGAGCCAAUGGUUGGGCCAAAACCUUUGCCAAGAACUGAGGGGCAUAUAAGUUAUGGAAGUGCUUUGAGGCCUGGUGAAGGUGAUGCUAUUGCGCAGUAUGUCAGGCAAGGGAAGCGUAUCCCACGACGAGGUGAAGUGGGCCUUUCUGCUGAGGAUAUUCAGAAGCUUGAGGGCCUUGGGUUUGUGAUGAGUGGUAGUAGGAAUUUGAGAAUUGAUGCCAUUCGUAUUAGGAAAGAAAACCAGGUUUACAGUGCAGAGGACAAGCGGGCAUUGGCAAUGUUUAACUAUGAAGAGAAAGCAAAACGUGAGCGCAAGGUUAUGGAUGAUUUGCGGCGGCUGGUGCAGCGCCAUAUUGGGCAGGAUAUUGCUCCUACUCAUGACCCUUUUGCUGGAAAAAAUGGGGCUGAUGUUUGACUCUCAUGAAGAUCUUUGGUGUUUUUGUGGGCAGAACAGUGGAAUGCAAUCUAAAGACGGAAAAGAUACAAAUCUUUUGGGAGGUUCUCAAGCAUCAAGGUGAAGGGUAAAAAGUGUGGGAAGAUGUAAUCCGUUGCCAUCCAUGAUACUGCUUUCAGCUUCUAGUUUGACAAUUAGAGGAAUUUUUACAUUCUUGUCACCAAUUGCUUUACUGCACAUUGCACAUCUAUUUUUUUCUUUCCUUUAUUUUUUUUAACAAAAUUGCGUGGCUUUUGAUAUUUACAGUUGUUAUUAUUUUAUUAUUUUAACUGCAAUUGUUUGCUGCAAGUUGUUAUUUUGAUUAGUUUGUUGAAUUGGUGGUGCCAAAAUGCCAGGAAUAUAAAUUGUAAAAUGUGACUUCUAGUUAGUAGAUGAUCUAUUGUA